CUAACACUUUUUACUUUUCUUUGUAGGGUGUAAUGGUUGGAAUGGGACAAAAAGACAGUUACGUCGGAGAUGAAGCUCAAAGCAAGAGAGGUAUUCUUACCUUGAAGUACCCCAUUGAACACGGUAUUGUUACCAACUGGGAUGAUAUGGAAAAGAUCUGGCAUCAUACAUUCUACAACGAGUUGAGAGUUGCACCCGAAGAGCACCCUGUCUUGUUGACUGAGGCUCCUCUUAACCCCAAGGCCAACAGAGAAAAGAUGACCCAAAUUAUGUUCGAAACCUUCAACACCCCCGCCAUGUAUGUGGCUAUUCAGGCUGUAUUGUCCUUAUAUGCUUCCGGUCGUACCACAGGUAUUGUUCUUGAUUCAGGUGAUGGUACCACUUACAACUCAAUCAUGAAAUGUGAUGUCGAUAUUAGGAAAGAUCUGUAUGCCAACACUGUAUUGUCCGGUGGUUCCACAAUGUACCCAGGUAUUGCUGACCGUAUGCAGAAGGAAAUCAGUGCCCUUGCACCACCCACUAUGAAGAUUAAGAUCAUUGCUCCACCAGAACGUAAAUACUCUGUAUGGAUUGGUGGCUCCAUCUUGGCUUCUCUGUCCACCUUCCAACAGAUGUGGAUUAGCAAGCAAGAAUAUGACGAAUCUGGCCCAUCUAUCGUCCAUAGGAAAUGUUUCUAAGUACAUAGCUUAACUUCCAGCACAAACAUCUAAGAAACUCAUUAAGAAAUUCUGCUUGCAGCAACCUAAUGGAUCCUAAAUACCUUUCUUCUGUCCUUUCAUUCUCUCUUUUUAUGCUCCCUUCUCCUCUGACAAGAAUAACUAAUGCUAUAAACAAAAGACCUAGAUGUGUACUGAUCAAAUAAGUUCUCUCUGGUGCUACAGUGACAGAGAUUACCAUGCUGCUGUUAUAUUUGUUUCAAAGGAUUCCAUUACAAGUCACCGCAAACCAUGUUGUCUGCUGAUUGAUUCUUCUGCCUAUAAUUAUAUUUUAUUUCAGGAUAAUAUGCAAAUAUUUCCUCAUAAACAUCUUUUGUUAUUGUCUUUUUUACCUAAUCUCUUCUACUUACAACAUUCUCAGGUGCCAUUUGAGCCAAUAUUUAUGCAAUAAAUUUUUUUUUGUGAA